AUGUUGAUCUCGAGGCUACUACGUCAGAUCACGAAGAGAUGGUUUGACAUGCGGAAAACUACUAGGCGGAGCAUACAGUCUGCCAAAGAUAUGGUUUUCCACAGCGGUGUUCUUAUCAUCGGUACCCUCUUCAUAAUCUGGCUAUCCAUAUUCCUUUACACGGUCUUUUACUAUUCCUAUAUGCCCAGCAUGUCAUAUGUGCGUCCCGUACACUUGCAAUUCAAAUCAUGUGACGAGAAGAAAGGAAUCUGUAGCUUUCCACAAGCUCAAGUACAGUUGACCAAAAAGAAUCAGCUCCUGAUGGUAGGACAGCCAUACAAAGUAAAUUUACAUCUAGAAAUGCCGGAAUCACCAGCCAAUAAAGAGCUUGGUAUGUUCAUGGUGUGCGCUCAUUUGCGAAGUCGUGAUGGGUUCCUUGUGGACCAUACAUGUAAAUCAGCAAUGUUACAUUAUCGCAGCACAUUAUUACACACGCUUACAACUCUUAUGUUUUCGCCUAUGAUGAUUUUUGGAAAUGUUGAGGAGAAGCAGGACGUUGUCCUCGAACUAUUUGGUAAUUUUGAGGAGGAUCAGAGUCAUCCGGUGACAAUUAUUUUUAUUGAGAUUCAGUCACGCCAUAUAGAAUUCUAUUCUGCUAAUCUUAUGAUUAAUGCUCAUUUAUCAGGAUUACGUUAUUGGAUGUUUUAUUGGCCAAUUUUGUCAGCUUGUAUUGGCAUUGCUACAAAUUUGUUUUUCAUAAUGCUUGUAUGCACAUUAUCAUAUCUGCACAUUGUUCAUGAAGAAGAAAAUACAGACAAUAACUUCAAUUACGAGAAAGGCGAGAUAGAAGAUGAUAAUCUUAAGAGCGACCUGUCAGGUACAUCCUCUCAAGAAGAUAUAUUAUCUGUAACAGACCUCAAAAGUGAGGAAAAAAGUAUAGAAGAAGAAAAACUUAUUAAAGGCGAGCCGAGUUAUAUCCAGGAAAUUUCUACAUUAAUUGCUGAAUCAUCGAGUAGCUCGUUGGUUAAAUAAUUUAUUAUUAUGCUUAGAAAUUAUGGUUAAUUUAUCUAUGUAAUAUAAAAAUGAAUUUUAUAAAAUGAAUAAUUUUGUAAAUA